AUGGAUGAUAUUCGAGAAUCUCAAGCAGAAAAAGUUCAAGAGGCAUUAGAUAUGGGUGAACUUGAAACUGACAGGGGUUUGAACCAAGAACUUGAUGCCCAGACUUUAGAAGAAAGAGCUAGGGCAAAGGGAUAUCUUACAACUUGUCAAACAUUUGAGGUUGCUUUCAUGUUGCACCUAAUGAGAGAUGUUUUGGGGAUCACAAAUGAGCUUAAUACAACUUUACAGAAAAAGGAGCAAGAUAUUACAAAUGUUAUUCUACUUGUUGAAGUGGCAAAAAGACGAAGAUCGCGAUGUAAAGUUGUUGAUUAUACUAUUUUACAUCGCUAUCACGUCGAUGUAUUUUUUAAGAUUAUUGAUUGGCAAGUUCAAGAACUCAAUGCUCGUUUUAAUGAGGUGACAACGAAGUUGCUUAUUGGAGUAGCUUGCUUAAAUCCAGUUGACUCAUUUUCCAGUUUCGACAUAGUAAAGAUAUUGGGAAUGACUGAAUUGUAUCCUGACGAUUUUUAUGAAAAUAUACCAGUUACUCUCAAGAAUCAGCUUGAAACUUAUAUUAUUGAUGUUCGUGAUGUUGAUGAAAGGUUCUCAAAUCUACAAGGACUUGUUGAUCUUUCUGAAACACUAAUUAAGACAAAGAAGCAUUUGAAUUAUCCGUAUGUGUUUUGCCUUGUGAAAUUUGCUUUGCUUCUACCAAUUGCCACUGCUACAGUUGAAAGAACUUUUUCGGUGAUGAAGUUGAUCAAGAGUGAAUUAUGA